AUGCCCGAAAUCAAGACUAUUGCCAGAAACUUGACGUUCACCGAGUGCCCACGCUGGCACGGCGGCCGCUGGUGGUUCUCCGACUUCUACACCCACGCAAUCUACAGCAUGAAGUCGGACGGUUCGGACCUGCAGAAGGAGGUGGACGUCCCCGGCCAGCCCUCGGGGCUCGGAUGGCUUCCCGACGGCCACCUGAUCUUCGUCUCGAUGAAGGACCGCAAGGUCAUGGUCCGCGCCGCGGACGGCACUCUCUCGGUCCACGCCGACGUAUCUUCACACGUGACAGGCCUCCCGAACGACAUGGUAGUUGGCACCGACGGCGUGGCCUAUCUCGGCAAUUUCGGCUUUGACUUAAUGGGUGGUGACCCCCCCGGCCCCGCCAACCUCCUUCGCAUCGCCCUCGAUGGAACGGUCACGAUCGCAGCCGAGGGUCUCCACUUCCCUAACGGCAGCGUCAUUACUCCCAGCAACACGCUAAUCGUCGACGAGACUUUCGGCAACCGCGUCUCGGCAUUCGACAUCACGCCGACUGGUCUGGGCCCACGGCGCGACUGGGCCGUCUUCGGUCCUCUUCCCCAGACGGCGGAGGAUAGGGCGUUCGCGCCCGACGGGUGUGGGCUCGAUGCCGAGGGCGCGCUGUGGAUCGCCGAUGCGAGGGGCGGCCGCGUCUGCCGCGUCAAAGAGGGCGGGGAGAUCGUCCAGACUGUCGAGCCGGGGACUGGUGUGUUUGCCUGCAUGCUUGGCGGGGAGGAUGGGCGCGACCUCAUCAUGUGCUGCGCCCCUGACUUCCUCGAACAUAAGCGCCGCGCCGCUAAGGAGGCCGAGUUGCGGGUUGUGCGUGUCGAUGUUCCGCGGGCUGGGUUGCCGUAG